UCACUCAGUUCCCCGGGGUUCCGAGGCUGUUUGCCGCGAAACAGGUUUCAGUGAGAGCGGGGACAGAGAGGCUGCAGAGCCAGGUACUGAGCCCCGAGUCCCCCUCGGGAGGAACAGCCUGAACACUCUGAAGUUACACUGUGGGGUGGUGAGGAUGGGGAAGCAGAACAGCAAGCUACGUCCCGAGGUACUGCAGGAUUUACGGGAAAACACAGAGUUCACGGAGAACGAGAUCCAGGAAUGGUACAAGGGAUUUUUGAAGGACUGCCCCAGCGGAUACUUGACAAUAGAAGAGUUCAAAAAACUCUACGGUAACUUUUUCCCUUACGGCGAUGCAUCAAAGUUUGCGGAGCACGUAUUUCGUACUUUCGACACCAACGGAGACGGCACGAUAGAUUUCCGCGAGUUCAUCAUCGCACUGAGUGUGACUUCCAGGGGAGGUCUGGAGCAGAAGCUGAAGUGGGCUUUCAACAUGUACGAUGUUGAUGGGAAUGGUUACAUCAGCAAAUCUGAGAUGCUGGAGAUAGUCCAGGCUAUCUACAAGAUGGUUUCAUCAGUAAUGAAGUUGUCCGAGGAUGAAGCUACCCCGGAGAAAAGAACAGAAAAAAUCUUCCGUCAGAUGGACACCAAUGCAGAUGGCAGACUUUCUCUAGAAGAGUUCAUCAAUGGAGCAAAAAAGGACCCAUCUAUUGUCCGCCUCUUGCAAUGCGACCCCAGCACCGCUGGACAGUUCUGAGACACUGUCCAGGACACAGGUUCAGUUUCUCCGCCUGUUCCCAUCACUGGCGAACCAGCAAGGACACUGGCAGAAAGUACAUUCAUGCUCAGACAAGUGGAACACUGGUGUCUGCCAAAAAAACUGAGCAUCCUUUCACAUGAUGAAGAAACUGCAUGAAGAAAGAGAUUCCUGACCUACAGUACAGUAAAUAAGUUCUAGAUGUGUAAAUGUGCCAAAAAUAAGGGGAGCUGAGCUGGUCAACCAACGGUUAACACCAUCUCAUUUUCAUUUGCGCCAUGUGCUGUUGUCAUUACAGUCUAACUGGAUAACAGGGCAGAAGGGGAGUAUGUUUUAUUAGGUUUGUCUUGUCUAUUGUUCGCUUUUUACAGGUGAAAUGUGUCUUAUUGUUUUAUUUUAACCGUACUGAGUUCUUGAUGAAGCCGUGGAGAGUGAGAACCAAACUGUGGUGGGUUAAUGUUUACGUUUAUACAUUGGAGCAUGGCAAAGCCGUUAGGUUCACAUAUGCUUCUUCCAUCCUUGGUUCAUCCCAUAUCUAUGUGGCAACUUACCCUCACUCUGAUACCUCCAAGGAUCAUCCAGUGACUAAACGCCGGUGGUGCACCUAUGAAACAUUUCCCCUUGUCCCCCUUUGGGGAACACAAUCCCUUAAUUAUCCCCCCGAUGAUUCAUUUUUACCCAUCCACAUAAACUAUUUCUGUCUGUCACCUUCCUGAAACACUGUAAAUACUUCCUGUUUGCUCUGGAAAUCUCCUCCACGUAUCAGUACUCUUUGGAAUAAGUAAAACUUCAAGAGCUCAAGCCUCACUUCCUUUAUUGUGUUGGUUACAACCACAUCCCCGAAAUCCCUUGUUCCCUAUCACCUUAAACACGUCAUUAACUGUAAUGUUCCAUCUUUAACAUAUUGAUCAGGUCCAUUCCAGGUCUCUCUUUGUUAUACAAUUCUGAGGAUAUCUUCACAGUUCACCACUCUCAGGCUGUCACCCUAGGUUCUCUGCACUUUAUUCAGGUAAUAAUAUUUAUCCUCAUGUUGCCCAAGAAAUGUUGAAUGGCAUCUUAUCUUCAGUAGCCUAAUUACUGUCUUCCAGGUUUUGUGAUAUAGCCAGCAUCCAGUCUCUCCUGACUUUGGCAUCCUGAAACUAACAUUGCAAUGCAUCAUCUUGUCCACUACAAAGGAUAAAAUUCACUGGGAACUGAUUCCUUGGAAUUGAACAAAGGCACUGCAUAGCUGUUCCUGCAGCACGGCACACUAUCCCACUUCUCAGUAAGCUUUCCAAAAAUAUCUCGCAUAGUACUACACAAAAUCCCUGCCAUUUAUUUCAACAUUAAGGCUGUGUUCAACAGACACAAAGUGCUGGGGAAACUCAGCAGGUCUGAUAAUAUCUGGGAAGAAAAAAACAGAGUUAAUGUUUCAAGUCCAAUAUGAUUUCCUCAGGCUGUGCUCACCUCCAGUUUCCUACAUCUUGACUCCCAUGUUGCCCUCUCUGAGAAAAGCAAAGAUUUUCACCAGGUCUUUUUCAUUGGGUGUUAGUCCAAGCUGCUGGAUAUGGGCAUUUUCAGCUGAUCACAUAUGUAAUGGUUUCUCAUCUGAUUUAUAACAGUCCCCAAGUCACCCGACAUGAUGCUGUUAGUUUUCUGAUUGAUCUUUGAGUUCUAAUAUUGGUUUGAAUUUCGGGGGGUUUGGCAGUGGGAGGGGAAACAAAGAGGCUCUCCCACUCAUUCUUUGAAGAAUCUCAGAAACUCUUCCAAAACAUGUGUUCACCCCUGUAUUGGUUUUCCAUUUUCCUGUUGUCUUUGUUUAAAUCAUUCCAGACCACAUGUUCAAGAGUUAACAUUUUGUACUUACUAAUUAAAACAUGCAAUUAGCUGCAUCAGGGUCACUAGUUAGUUGCACGCAGCUCGUGGCUAAAGGAUUGGACAACUCUGCCUGAGGUCAGUGUUGUAUUUUAUGUUAUCUGUAUAACUAUUAAUGCAUUUAUAACUUAUAAUAUGCCUAGCGUUUGGGACCAAUUGCCAAAGUUAGUUCCCCAUUUAACCAUCGUGCCUUUCUUCUACUAUACACUCCCUUCUCAUCAUUUCAGGAUUUUUUUUUAAAAGUAGUGGAUUGAGUGAGGCCAAGGAUAAAAGAAACUUGGCUCUGCUGUACUUACACGAAACGAAUAUAGCACUGUGAUAUUACAGAAAACAAAGAUAUUUACCCCCCCUUUAAAAUGUCACCACAUUUUGCUCUGUGUGGGAGCUGGCAAUAGGGUGAAUAGCCCCUAUCUGUGAUGUAAAUGACUAUGACAAUUGAGAUGCCUCGCCUUGAGAGAUAUACUGUGUUGUGAUUGAUUGUGGUUACCUUUCCAAAACCUCAGCCUCAGCACAAAGUGUUGCUGACAGCUUCCCUGCUUUUUAACCCCGAUUGUGUCUGAACAAAUACACCAGUGGGUCCGGUGAAAGCUGAUGACUUUUAUUGACACACCCCCUAGAACAGUGGUUCUCAACCUCCUGCAUCUUGUGUGCUACCAACCAUCUUAUCAAAAAAGCCAUGAUAAAAACAAAAUCCCACUUUUCCAAGGAAUGGUCUUUUUACGUUUUAGUACUAUUAACCAUGAAUGAAAUUUAAGGAAAUUAAAAAUUGCAACGAUUUUGCUGAGCAUAAGUUUUAUUGCUAAACUGUAAAGAAAGACAUAAUGGUUGAGUCAUUGCUGACAAGUCUGUGAUUGCCUUUUCAUUGGAAGGAAUGUCAAUUCCUGAGGGUCCUACCUGGACAAUCUCAUUUCUCACCAUUUGAGAAACACAGCGUGAGAAUGUUUCAUUGGACUUUGGAGUCCAAUUGCUACAACAUACUUCUUCAUUCAGAGAGCCACCUGGUGUUCAACUCACAAAGUGCAACUGCCACAGAAAAUCAACCCAGGUUACCAAAUGCAGCCACUUGUCCUGGACGAUUCCAUCAGCUUGCUGGUCUCAGUUUGUCCUGUGCUGCUUUUUCUUUGUCCCAAAGUCAGUCAUUGAGACCCGGCUCAAUGCAACAAAAGAAUUAUGGAACAGAAAAUUUGUUUCAGCUCCCAAACUGUUGUAACAGAGAAGAGGACCCACUCUGGUUGGACACAGUAUUAGAGGCGUCAUAAUGUGACGUUUCCCAAUUCCCCAUUCCCCCAUCAUCCCCCACCUCUACCCUUCCCCGAUCCCCACCGCCUUUCCCAAUCCCCACCCCU